AUUAAUUUUUUUGUGUAGGAUUUUUGAUUCUCAUUUUCGAGAAACAAUACCAAAUAUCAGCGAUCAACAAAUUGAGCAACUGCGAGAGCGAGAACUGGCUAAUUGGUUAAAAGACUAUGUGGGAAGGAACGAAGUUGAUAACUGCAUUUAUCAAAUAGCUCAAGGGCCCAGCCGAAAAGUACAAUCAUAUAAAGGAUAUUUUGUGAAUGGAUUUAAAUUUCAUCGACAUGAUUAUGGCAGAGAGCGAAAAACAUUAAAUAGUGGUGUAUGGGUCAAAGGAAGUUGUUAUAAUGAAUAUGAAAGUGAUUACUAUGGCUUGCUGAAUGAGGUAUUAGAAUUAGAGUACUUUGGAGAGAAAAACAAGAUAAUCCUUUUCAAGUGUGAAUGGUUUGACACUAAUAGAGGGGUAAGGGUCCAUCCUCAACAUGGUCUUAUGGAAAUCAAUGUCAAAUUAAGGCUAGCAUCAUCUGAUCCAUUUAUUUUAGCUCAACAAGCUCAUCAAGUUUGCUAUAUUAAAUAUCCUAAAAUCAAUAAAGUCAGAGUUGACUGGUGUGCGGUUUUCAAAACCAAAGCUAGGAGCACUUACAAUAUUGGACCUUCCAUGGUUAACAACAAUUCAAAUGAGCAAAACUCCAAUGAUGUUGCUUAUCAAGAGGAUGAUGUCUCAAGACCUCAAGAAAUUGUACCAACAACCGAACUUGAUGAUCCCACAAUAUUACUUGAUUCAAGUAGUAUGGUUGAGGUGGAUGUUAAUGAAUUGCAACAAGUGCAACAACCACUUGAAGUGGUGGAAGAUGAAGAUGAGGAUGUAGAGGAAGAGGAAGAGGGAGAGGAUGAAGAAGAGGAAGAAGACACUGAAGAGUCAGAUGACGAUUUAGAAGUUGAUGGUAUUGAUAGUGAUGAUGAUGUCAACUUAGAAGAUGAUUCUGAAUGAUACAUUAUGCCUCGAAGAGCAGUAUCAUCUAGAGGUAGAGGACAUAGCCAGCAGCUCUCUAUGAAUGAAACAAAUAAUCCAACUACAGAUUGUACUUCUCUAUCAGAUGAUUCAACAAAUUAAUAGAUUAGUUUUUAGUUUUAUGAACAUUGUUAAGUAUUAUUCAUUUAUUUUAAAUUUUAUGACGAUUGUUAAGUAUUAUUAUGAACAUUGUUAACUAUUAUGGAUUUAUUUUAUA